AUGUUCUCAAGAAGGAAAAAGGAGCCGAGUCCGCCGUUGCCCAAGUUACUGGAGAUUUACAACGAGAUUGCCAACACGUCUCUUACCAAUCUAAGUUUAGAGCAAAAUAAUAGGUCAAAUGAAGCACUCAACGGUUGGAGAACGCUUCAUCAGGUUGCACUCCAAAAGGUUGAUGGCCUAGAAAGAAGUAUCGUGGGCCAAGAACUGACCGACGAAGAGUCCUACAUUCUGGAUGAAAUUCGUAUUUUACAAGCUCAAGCCGACGAUCACCUGGAACGACUGGAACAAAAAUUAGAAUCGGCCCAAACUAUUCAACCAUCAAAGAUUUAUUCUAAUCCACAACUUUCCUCAAGUGGUUCGACCCUUAGAGGUACCGCUCCUGUCACUCGUUCUGAAUCCGUCCCUACAUCGGUUCCAACACUUAGAUCGUCCAAUCCAGUCACGAUGAAUAGCAAAAGAACCGCAAGCAAGCCGCUAAUCAAGUCUUUGCGCCCGAACAACAAUGUGUCCAACAACAGUUCGAGCGCUAGUCUCGGCAACAGUGCAUCAUCAUCCUCUCAAGUGAGUGCCAAACAGGCCGCCAACUUAAUAUGGGCCCCAUCCACAAGCUUGUCCAACGCCAAAUCUUAUUCUUCACACUCGCAAGAUGAUCUUUUCCAGGACUUUGAUAGCGCCACAGAUAACGAAGAUUUCUAUCACAAAGAGACACUCAGACAACUACAACAGAAUGCGUUGGCAUCCAAGGUCAUUCGCUGCAAGAACGACGAAGAUUUGAUCGACUUAAAUGAAAAUUUGGCGCAAUUGGAAAUGACCCCAAAACAACCACCACAGCAAAGACAGCCAGCCCCGAAACCUCACGCAAGAUCAUCAGCUGAGCGUGCGAAAGCAGCAUUGAAAAUAUCCUCUCAAGUCAAGCUUUCGCAAAAACUUGCUCCAGCUUCUUCUCGCCAACCAAACAGAACCAAGUCGCCCGUCAGAAAUACAAGAUCUCCUCCGCCCACUUCUGCUCCUGCUUUACAUCUACCAAAGACACAGCUUCGCAGACCUACCGCAUCCCCAGGUCCUGGAAAGGCGCCUCAGAAACCCCAGUCAUUGUCAAGGAAAACGUCUCCAGCUACCAAAGAAGGUGUCACCAAUGCACCAAAAGUAUUGGCUGAUAAUUCGACAAAGGAUACAGAGACUCUUGACAGCGACAAUUCAAUUGAAGACGACGAGGACAAGCUGAUUGCCUCCAUGCGUGGAGUCGAUCCUGUUGCUGCGAAACAGAUCUUGAACGAGAUCGUGGUCCAUGGAGAUGAAGUGCACUGGGAUGACAUUGCUGGACUAGACGCCGCAAAGAACUCUCUGAAAGAGACCGUGGUUUAUCCAUUUUUGAGGCCCGAUCUCUUCAGCGGGUUGAGAGAGCCUGCACGAGGAAUGUUGUUAUUUGGACCCCCAGGUACAGGUAAGACCAUGCUCGCUCGUGCCGUUGCAACCGAGUCGAAAUCCACCUUUUUCUCUAUUUCUGCAUCUUCCUUGACUUCCAAGUACUUGGGAGAGUCCGAGAAGCUCGUGAGAGCACUGUUCCAGUUGGCCAAGCGACUUGCUCCGUCGAUUAUUUUCGUUGACGAGAUCGACUCUCUGCUUGGAAGUAGAAAUGAGGGAGAGAACGAGUCGUCCAGAAGAAUCAAGAAUGAGUUCUUGGUUCAAUGGUCUGACCUAACAAAAGCAGCUGCUGGACGAGACCAAGGUGAAGACUUACAAAGAGUUCUUGUCUUGGCAGCUACAAACCUUCCAUGGGGUAUUGACGAAGCCGCCAGAAGAAGAUUCGUCAGAAGACAGUACAUUCCUUUACCAGAAUACGAUACCCGGAAAGCGCAGAUUCAAAAGCUUCUUUCUCACCAAAAGCAUACAAUCUCAGAAAAAGACCUUGAAGAGUUGAUCCAGUUGACAGAUUCAUUUUCUGGAUCCGACAUCACGGCUUUGGCUAAAGAUGCAGCCAUGGGACCUUUACGAGAACUCGGAGACAAGCUCCUGCUUACCUCCAAGAACGAAAUUCGGCCCGUCUGUUUAAAGGACUUCAUCAACUCUGUUAAUUACAUCAGACCAAGUGUUUCUAAGCAAGGCCUGAGAGAGUUUGAGGAAUGGGCAAAGUUGUACGGAUCGUCAGGAGUUUGA